AUGAAGAAGUCUGAUUCAAUUUUAACCUAUGGGAAUCUUGGAGUGAUCUACAUUAAAGCUAAAUCUAUGUCUCGAAUAAGCAAGACUAGCCAGAGAAAUAGGAGUAUAAAGCGCAUGAAUUCUCAAAAAGAACUAUGAAAUAAUUUCAAAAACCCAAUUCCAAGGAGAAAACUCCUAACAGCACAAUCGAAAGUGAGAAUGUUCACGAGCCACAACCCCUCUAGAAAGUCAGUGACAGCGUCAAAAUUAGUGAGAACCAAAUAAUAUCUUUGACCUUGAGAGCACUGACAAUCCUUUAAAAUAUCGGAAAUAGAAAUGACUUGCACAAGUACGUUGAUAGGAUCAAGAAGCAGCACCCUAAAAUGCAAUUCGAGGUGCCAGAAAACCCAAAUUACGACAUGUUCGACUGGAUUUCGCAGAAUUAUAAGCUCUCUGAAAGAAUGAUUAGCAUCAAUAACUCCAUUAAUCUGAAAAGACAAAGUGAACUCAAGUCAAGAAUCAAGAAAACCCAAAAGGCAAUGAAGAAAGUAGAUGACUAUUACGAUAAAAUUCCAGAAGGUAUUAGCUUGCAGGAAUACAAACAAGAGUUUUGCAGAAUUAAGAGGGAAAUGCUAGAAAAGGCUAAGAGAAACAAGUUGUCCAAAGCAAUGGCUCUAAAAACAGUCAGAAAUUACAGCCGUUCAAAUCUCUUAUCUCCUCGCACAACCUCCAAGAGCCCCAUUUAGCUAGCAAUUCCUUCAUAAAAUCUCUCAAAAUCCUUCUUCCCCCAUCAUC